UCUCCAUUCUGGAAUUGACCUUGACCGCUCUCUUAGAUACUUGGACUGCAGUGGCUCCAGGGUUCUCUUGAGUGGGGGUGGGGCUUGCUUUGCUCUGAAGACCAGACUACUACACUAACCCUCGACAAUGGACCGAGUUUAUGAAAUCCCUGAGGAGUCCAACGUGGAUCCAAUUUCAUCUCUGGAGGAAGAUGUCAUCCGUGGGGCCAACCCACGAUUUACCUUCCCAUUUGGCAUCCUCUUCUCCACCUUUUUGUACUGUGGGGAGGCUGCAUCUACCUUGUACAUGGUUAGAAUCUAUCGAAAGAAUAGCGAAACCUACUGGAUGGCAUACACUUUAUCCUUCUUUAUGUUUUCAUCCAUUAUGGUCCAGUUGACCCUCAUCUUUGUUCACAGAGAUCUGGCCAAAGACAAGCCACUAUCAUUAUUUAUGCAUCUAAUCCUCUUGGGACCUGUUAUCAGAUGUUUGGAGGCCAUGAUUAAGUACCUCACACUGUGGAAGAAAGAGGGGCAGGAGGAGCCCUAUGUCAGCCUCACCCGAAAGAAGAUGCUAAUAAAUGGCGAGGAAGUGCUGAUAGAAUGGGAGGUGGGCCACUCCAUCCGGACCCUGGCUAUGCACCGCAAUGCCUACAAACGUAUGUCACAGAUCCAAGCCUUCCUGGGCUCAGUGCCCCAGCUGACCUAUCAGCUCUAUGUGACCCUGAUCUCUGCAGAGGUCCCCCUGGGUAGAGUUGUGCUAAUGGUUUUUUCCCUGAUCUCUGUCACCUAUGGGGCUACCCUCUGCAAUAUGUUGGCUAUCCAGAUCAAGUAUGAUGAAUACAAGAUUCGCCUCGGGCCAUUAGAAGUCCUCUGCAUCACCAUUUGGCGGACAUUGGAGAUCACUUCCCGCCUCGUGAUUCUGGUGCUCUUCUCAGCUACCUUGAAACUGAAAGCUGUGCCAUUCUUACUGCUUAACUUCCUGAUCAUCCUCUUUGAGCCCUGGGUUAAGUUCUGGAGGAGUGGUGCCCAGAUGCCCAAUAAUAUUGAGAAAAAUUUCAGCCGAGUCGGCACCCUGGUGGUACUGAUCUCCAUCACUGUUCUCUAUGCGGGCAUCAACUUCUCUUGCUGGUCAGCUUUGCAGCUGAAAUUGGCAGACAGGGACCUUGUUGACAAAGGCCAGAACUGGGGGCAUAUGGGCCUGCACUACAGUGUGAGGUUCGUAGAGAACGUGGUCAUGGUUUUAGUUUUUAACUUCUUUGGAGUGAAAGUGUUGCUGGAUUACUGUCAUUCCUUGAUUGCUUUGCAGCUCAUCAUUGCUUAUCUGAUUUCCAUUGGCUUCAUGCUCCUUUUCUUCCAAUACUUGCACCCAUUGCGCUCACUCUUUACCCACAACGUAGUGGACUACCUCCAUUGUGUCUGCUGCCGUUGGCACCUUCGGGGCAGGAUUGAGAACUCAGAGCUACCCUGUGAUGCCCAAGCAAGGCAAAGUAUUGUCUGAGAUUCUAUCUUCUGGGUCCUUCGGGAUAGGCUGGGGGUGGCCAAGAGCAACUUUGAAAUUGAAGGAGAGGAUGAGGCUCAUAGGUGAGUACCCACUGGGACAUUUUCUUGAAAUUUCUGGUAAGCUCCUAAGAAGAAAGAGCAACUCCCAAAUAGGUUUUAUUUCUUUAAGACUGACUGCUAUGUUUGGAAACCUAGGGUAGCUAAGAAGGUUAGCUUACCAAGAAGGUUCAGAGAUACUGUGAACAGCUCCCCUCCCACCCAGGGCAGCUCUUUGGCUGCCCAAGGGGAUAAUUUACCUCCAAGCACCUUAAGCUCUCUCUCUGUGUGAUCUUGUUACUCUGCUCAUUUGCUCCAGGGCAUUACUGAGCUUUCCUAAGGCUGGGAUGAAUGCCCAGAAUUCCACCAGAAUAUAUACUGACUGAUCAGAGAUGUGACAAUUUGUUGAUUAUGGGUACCUCCCAGGAAACUGGCUGAUUAAUGUGGAAUUAUAACUGUAAGCAUGGCUGGAUUUUAUUUUUCUUAAUUCCACUAAGAAACUCUAGUUUAAGAAGAAAACCCCCACUAUUAAAAGAGCUGCUCCCCAAACAAGUUAGCUUAGCAUUGGGAUUUUAGUAGUGAUCAUAGUGAUCAAAGACCUCUCUUUUCAAGCAACCCUUCCUAGGCACACUCCCAGGAGGGAGUGCGGAGUAGGAUUCCUACAGGGCAUAAUCCAGAAUGACUCUUUCUCAGGGACCUGCAGGGGCAUCCAGCUUGUGGAAUGGAGUGGUUGAGUAAAAUCUCUCACUUCCUGCCUUGUUAUCAGGAAUUCCCUCCAAACUGGUUUUUCUGUGCUCAUGGCAGUUUACUACUUGAGAUAGAUUUCAGAGAAGCGGAGCUGUAAUUGAAAAUGUUUCUAAUGUAUGGAAGAAAUGAAGAUUGCUUUGAGUCUCCUACUCUUCUGAGUAUUUUGCUGGCUUGUUUUUUUUCCCCCCUAGGGGAGACAAAAGGUAAUGAUAGUUGGAUUAUUACCUUCCUCCUGUUUGGGGUUUGCGGGGCAGCUAAUACUCCAAGGUAGAGUGAAGACAGAGAAGGGAAACCAGAUCACAUUAACUCAUCAUUGGUACUGGUUUUUGACCACUGGGCUUUAUUUUCUAAUAAGGAAAUGUUUAUUAAUCUUCUGCUCAUUCCCACACUCCCAAUGAAUGAAUGCAUAUCUCCCUUUCUCAUGAAUCUCAUAUCCAUGGGUAUUUUGAUGGGGAUGUCAGCUCAGAUGCCUCUAAGGUAACCAAGGAAUUGAGGUUAGUAUGGCCACUGUCUAUUGGGGCCUAGUAUCCCAGCAUUUACCUAAUCCUUACCCCUUACAGACGAGGAAAGUAGAG